AAGAAGAAGAAGAAGAAGAAGAAGAAGAAGAAGAAGAAGAAGAAGAAGAAGAAGAAGAAGAAGAGAAUGGGGUCCAUUGAGAAGCAGGGGGUGCCGACGAUGUCGCUGGAGAAACAGGCGGCGGACGAGGAGGCGUGCAUGUACGCACUGCAGCUGGCGAGCGCCUCCAUCCUGCCGAUGACUCUCAAGAACGCCAUCGAGCUCGACGUCCUUGAGAUCAUCGCAAAAGCCGGCUCGGCGGCGAAGCUGAGCCCGGCCGAGGUGGCGGCCCAAUUACCUACCAAGAAUCCGAUGGCCGCGGCCAUGCUGGACCGCAUGCUCCGACUUCUUGCCUCCUAUAACGUUCUCACUUGCUCCGUGGAGGUCGACGCCGAUGGGAAGCCAUUGCGGCGAUAUGGCCCGGCACCGGUGUGCAAGUGGCUGACUAAGAACGAGGAUGGGGUGUCCAUGGCCGCGCUGACCCUCAUGAACCAGGACAAGAUCCUCAUGGAGAGCUGGUACUACUUAAAGGAUGCGGUGUUGGACGGGGGAAUUCCCUUCAACAAGGCUUAUGGCAUGACGGCGUUCGAGUAUCAUGGCACCGACCCCAGGUUCAAUAGGGUGUUCAAUGAGGGCAUGAAGAACCACUCUAUCAUCAUCACCAAGAAGCUCUUGGAGUUCUACAAGGGCUUCGAAGAUGUUAAUGUGCUCGUCGAUGUCGGUGGUGGCAUUGGUGCCACCCUCCAAAUGAUCACUGCCAAGUAUCCUCACAUCAGGGGCAUCAACUUUGAUCUUCCUCAUGUCAUCUCUGAAGCACCACCAUUCCCAGAUGUGGAGCAUGUUGGUGGAGACAUGUUUGCUAGUGUUCCUAGCGGGGAUUCUAUUCUCAUGAAGUGGAUCAUGCAUGACUGGAGCGAUGAACACUGUGCGAAGAUCUUGAAGAAUUGCUAUAAAGCUCUGCCGGACAACGGGAAGGUGAUCCUUGUCGAGUGUAUCCUUCCAGUAGCUCCAGAACCAACUCCUUCAGCACAGGGUGUCUUCCAUGUGGACAUGAUCAUGUUGGCUCACAACCCUGGUGGGAAAGAGAGGACGGAGAAAGAGUACCAGGCUUUGGCCAAGGGAGCAGGCUUCACAGGGUUUAAAGCACAGUAUUGUUUUUCCACUGCUUGGGUUAUUGAAUUCACCAAGUAGAUCGGAACAUAUAUACUUUGUUUGAUCUUUGCUUGUGUCGUCGAUAUUUGGUUGUUGGUUUUGGUUGAAAGUUCUUCACUCGAAUCCUUGGUGUUGUCAUCAUAAUAAAUAUUGCUAAAGAGCUGUACUGUUGUUUUAAUUCCUACUUUUGUUUAUGUAAUCUAUUGUUUUCCUACUUCUGUUCAUAUAUAUUGGUUUUGUUCCUUUGUAA